AUGACAUCAUUAUCAAUAGAUCAAUUCUUAAAUGAAUUGGAAACUCUAGAAAAGAAACAAACGAAUCUACCAAAAGAUUCACCACUGACAUUUGAAAAUGGUGUAGUAACAACCAAUAUUAUAGCCACUGCCAAUGGUAUGCCUGAUCUAUCUGUAUACAAUAGAAACAUAGAUAAAACAAUUUCUACAUCUCUAUUCCCUAUUUCUUUAAAUAAUUGUAUUCCAUUGUUUAAUGAUGAUACACCAGAUUUGUUGGGAAAGGUUAGAGAUAGUUUCACUAGUGUUUCGCUUGGUAAGAGUGAUUUCCAGGGUUGUUGGGCAAGAGAUGUCGAUUGUAGAUCGCUGGCAUUCAAGGCGUUGCUGAGUGCAGAGGGAUCGGCACCGUCAACCACCAUUCAGUUGGAGGUCGAUCAAGUCAAUCAUCAGCUAUCGAUGUCCGCCUACAAAGAGAUAGAGUUGAACACCAAUCUCAAUGCUACCAACUCUACUUCGUUGAUGCGUAAUUGGAAUGAGAGUGGAACAGAGUUUCACCGUGGAGAUGCACAAGCAUUCCCUUUCUUGCCUGGUGGAAUGGAGCCUGCCAAACCAACAGCAACUUCCUCUGUCCACGCCAACGAUAAGAGUGAACCUAUCGAUUGGAUGUCAUUCUGGAAACAACCAUCUCAACUAUUAACAAAAGCACCUGGAUUAUCACAUGGUUUAUCAGUUACAACACAACAAAAACAACAGCAACAAGUAACUUCAACAUCAACAUUUGAAUUGAUUGAUGAAGAUGAAGAAGAAGAAGAGGAAGAAUAUGAAGAAGAGGAAUAUGAAGAAGAAGUUGAGGAAGAAGAAGAAGAAGAAACAAAGGGUGAUAAAGAAUCAUCAGAAACAGUAGAUGAUUCUUUAGAUAAGGUUAUUGGAGAGAGUAGUUCAUCUCUUGAGAAUAAACUGGAGAGUUUGUCGAUUGAGGAGAUAAAAGCAAAGGCAUCGGAAGCUACUACAGCAAUCUCAGAGAAUGUCGAAAGAAAACAAUGGGCAUUCAACGAUACCAAAGAGAUAACUACACCGUUCAAAGAGUUGAUUACCAAUCCUGCCAUUGAAUAUCCAUUCGAGUUGGAUUCCUUCCAGAAACAGGCUAUCUAUCAUAUGGAGAAGGGUGACAGUGUAUUCAUCUCGGCACAUACCUCUGCCGGUAAGACAGUGAUUGCCGAGUACGCCAUAGCGAUGGCUGCCAAGAAUAUGACACGUGCUAUCUAUACUUCGCCAAUCAAAGCACUGUCCAAUCAGAAGUUCCGUGACUUUAAGAAUACUUUCAGUUCAGUCGGACUGAUCACCGGUGACGUCUCGGUGAAUCCGUCGGCAGCGUGUCUCGUGCUCACCACUGAGAUUCUGCGUUCGAUGCUCUACAAGGGUGCCGAUCUAAUUCGUGAUAUCGAAUGGGUUAUUUUCGAUGAGGUUCACUAUCUCAAUGAUAUCGACCGUGGUGUCGUGUGGGAGGAGGUUAUCAUUAUGUUGCCGGCACACGUAAAGAUUGUGCUCUUGUCCGCCACUGUUUCCAAUCCUUUGGAAUUCGCCGAUUGGAUCGGUAGAACAAAGAAGAUGCAUAUCUAUGUGAUUGGAACAACUAAACGUCCUGUUCCUCUCGAGCAUUACAUCCAUACGCAAUCGAAUGAUCUCUUCAAGAUCGUCGAUAGUUCACGUAGAUUCCUGAGUGACGGUUACAACAAAGCAUAUGCUUCGAUCUUUAAGGAGACAACAAACCAGCCUGGCGGUGGAAACAGAGGUGGUGGUCGUGGUGGAAACAUGGCGGGUGGCGGUGGCGGUGCCAAGCGUUCAUCCGGUUGGUCCAAACUCAUUAUGAUGCUAAAGGAAAAGAAUCAACUCCCGGUGAUUGUGUUCUCAUUCAGUAAGGCGAAAUGUCAGGAUUAUGCUUUCAGUUUGGGAUCGAAUGUCAUUCUAACGACGAGUGGUGAGCGAUCUAUUAUCAAGGUAUUCAUUGAGGAAUCGCUGGCCAGACUGCGUGCAGAAGACAAGGAGCUACCACAGAUUCUUCAGAUUCGUGACUUUUUGGAGCGUGGUAUCGGUGUCCACCACGGUGGUUUGCUUCCAAUCGUCAAGGAACUCGUUGAGAUUCUCUUCUCGAAAUCGUUGGUUAAGGUGUUGUUUGCCACAGAGACAUUCGCGAUGGGUGUGAACAUGCCUGCUAAAACCGUUGUCUACAGUCACAUUAGAAAACACGAUGGAACGCAAUUCCGUGACUUGUUGCCCGGUGAAUACACCCAGAUGUCAGGUCGUGCAGGUCGUCGUGGUCUCGAUGCCGUCGGUACUGUCAUCUUGGCGUGCUGGAAGGAUCUACCGGAGCAAACCACUAUGGAAUCAAUGAUUCUCGGUGUACCAUCGAAACUUCACAGUCAAUUCCGUCUCACCUAUAAUAUGAUUCUCAAUCUCCUACGUGUGCAAGACUUCAAGGUUGAAGAUAUGAUCAAACGUUCAUUCUCAGAGUUUGCCACUCAAAAAGAUGUUCCAGAGAUGCGUAAUGCCAUUGAGUCGCUAAGAAAAGAUUAUGAAGCGAUUCCACCGAUUCAGUGUAUUCUUGGUGAGCCCGACAUUGAGAACUACUACAAUAUGUAUUCGGAAAUCAAGUCGUCCAGUUCGUUCACACAGCGUGCCAUCCUUUCAUCGCAAUCCGAUGCACAUUUCCAAGCGGGUCGUGUCGUUGUAUACAAUCCAAAGAAUCAAUCCUCUGUGUUUAUUGGUUGCUUACUUGGUUGUAGUAUCCCAAGUGGUGGUGGUGGAUCACGUCAAUUUGCCAACUCUCAGAUCAACAGAACUUUCCGUAUUUUCGUUGCCCACGAAGAUGGCACCUACAAGAUCGUCAAUAGUGAAUCUGGGGAUGAAGAGAUCAAGAGAAUCUGCAAUGAAAAGCUAAAGAUUGAGCUGAAAUCGAUUGAAGCCGGUGAAGCUGCUUCCAGCUCCGUACUCGUUCAGCAACUUCAUCGACUUGUCGAAGAGUAUCCAUUGCCAUUAGGACCACCUGCAUUGGACCCAAUCACAAAGCUCAAGCUCAAGAGUGUAGAGUUUGUCGAGAAUUAUCAACGUCUACAGAAAUUGGAGCAGCUGCUACCGGAAUCCAAGUGCCACAAGUGUCCAAAGUUGUCAGAACAUUUCGCACUCACUGAGAAUCGUGCCAAGAUUCACCAACAGUUGGCACAGGUAACUCACUCUGCCUCCGAUGAAAACUUGGCACUAAUGCCCGAGUUCCAGACUCGUCUCAAGAUCUUGCGUACACUUGGAUACAUUGACGAAGAUAACAAUGUACUUCUCAAGGGUAAGGUAUCUCGUGAGGUCAACACCUGUGAGGAAUUGAUCGUUCCCGAGUUGAUCUUUGAGAACUUCUUCUUGGCACUCGAACCAGCAGAAAUCGUUGCGGUACUUUCAACAAUGAUUUUCCAUGAGAAGGAUGCCACAGCGCCAUCUUUAACACCUCGUCUCAACGAAGCAAGAAAAUCACUAGAGAAACUAGCUGACAGAAUCAAAGACAUGGAGCACGAUCACGGUCUGGAGACACCGACCAACGGCGAAGAAUCAAAGAUACUCAACUUUGGUUUGAUGGAAGUAUGCUAUGAAUGGGCCAAAGGUAUGCCAUUCCACGAAAUUUGUAGACUCACCAAUGUCUUAGAAGGAACAAUCGUAAGAGCAAUCACAAGAAUCGGUGAAACUUGUCAAGAAGUUAGAAAUUGUGCAAGAAUCAUUGGUGACACCAAACUCUACCAAAAGAUGGACGAAUCAAUCAAAUUAAUCAAGAGAGAUAUUGUCUUUGCUUCAUCUCUAUAUAUUGUUUAA